AUGUCUCACAACCUUGGUAUUCUUCUUCUUGUCCUUCUUUUUUGUUUAUUCACAUCAGUUUCUAAUAAUUGUUUAGGACAAGAACAACAACUCUAUUACAACACUUCACUCAACUCAACUGCCAAUAAUAAUUCACUCUAUUACAGUCCCUUUAUUUUCCAAGAGCCAUGUGAAAAUAACACAACUCCCUAUCCUUGUUUCAACAAGAUUCUUGUAGCCGAUUCCUACAUUGUUCCCUUUCCAAAUAACCAACAAGUUGUGAUGGAUAGUUUAGUUUAUGAUUUUUGUGAGUCUGCAAGGAAUGGUCAUCCCGAUUGGAACGAAACAACGUGUCAGGAAAUUUGUCUUGACCUUCCUUCUUAUGUUUUUCAGAGAUAUUGCAUGUUGUGUAAUGUGGUGAGUAAUGAGUUUCGAAUGAAAAUGUGGAAUGUUUCAGAGUGUAGAGGAGUGGACAGAACUAUUGAUAUUAUAAUGGCUCAAAAUCCAGAUUAUGAUCAAACACAAUUGUGUGGCAAUUCGAAAAGUAGUCCUUUUGUAGAUUCGUAUAGAGGAAACACCACAACUAUUAUGUGUUAUUGCGAGGAGGAGAAUUUGUGGGCCACUAAUUGUAAUUUGAUUCAUUCGAAACGAGCUUUUUAUGCCUAUCAUUAUAUUGUAGUUAUUUUGGCAUUUAUUGUUGCAUUUGUGUCAAUUACAGUUUCACUUAUUCCUUCUAUUAUUCAAUUGAGAAUAUUCAAAGUUAUUAGAAACUUAAUUGUCAAGUUCAAUACCUAUGUUAGAUCGUUGUGGACUGGCAGUGAAGAGGGAUCAAUGGGUAUUGAAAAGGAUUCUGAUAUUUAUCCAGAAUUUACAUGGUUUUCUGUAAAACAUUUUACCUUAAUUUUGAAAGUUAUGAUUUCACUCACCAUAAUUGGCUAUGCCAUAGCUAGAGCAGUAAUUUUAGGAGUUCAGGAUUUUAAAAGAACCAGACUAAUCAUUGCCAUCGUGUACUACCUCAUCACUGUUUGUGUCUUUGUAGUAACCUUGCUGUGGGUCAAUUUAGCAUUCAGUGAAAAGAGAAAACAACUCACAGAUCCAAAACUCUUAAUUCCACUCAGAGUUUUAUUAUUUGUUGGAUUGGGAUUUUUCUUAUCGGUGGCAAUUUCAUAUAUUAUCACCUCUAGUUUGAAUGAAGUGUUGGGAACUGGUAUCAUUCUUCUCAUCUUCAUUACAAUCCUCAUUGUUUUGAGCUUGGCCAUAUUUGGAUUUGGAAUGAAAUUAUUCCUUGAUUUGACGAGAACAAAGAAUGCACAGGAGAAGAUUGAUUCAUUCAAAUCUCUCAAAUUUACCAGAUUUAUAAUGCUCAUUACAAUUUCAUUCAUUGUCUUGUGCAUCUUUCUCAUAUUGAUUUCCGUUGAGAAUAUUCAAUUCAACACAGAGUCAACUAGUUUUUCAAUGGGUGAUGGUAGUUUGGCAUUGGAAUUCAUAUCAGAACUCAUUUUGAUAUGGAUCCUAUUAUUGCUUACUCUCUAUCUAUUGAAUAUGAAAUCAGUUUUGGAUGUCUAUGAAUUUAUCUAUUGGCCAUUCUGUUCAUGUUUUAAUAGAAAGAAGAAGAAAUCAACACAAUAA